AUGAGAAACUUUGUUGAUGAGUGUAAGAAGAAGAUACAAAGUGCAGCUCCUAGAACAGUGCCACUGCCGUCGUCGACAAGAAAAGCAUCAAGUUCUUCUCUUGAUUAUGACAUGAGUUAUAGAGUACCUAAUGCAAGUGAAUCUGAUCCAAAUAAGAGAAAAGGAAUGGAUACACCUUUGGGGAAAGCGUUUAAUAAUGAGGCCAGAGAGCAAUGUGAUGGUGAGAUAGCUAGAAUGUUCUACACAAGUGGUUUAUCUUUUAACGUUGCCAGAAAUCCCCACUACCACAACUCAUAG